AUGACACGGAAACUAGCAGACCGUGGAGAGAUUGGACAUAGCAGCACACAUUGGUACAGAGACAGAGAGAUGAGCAAUACAUCUGAAGAUCUCCUGAUCAUUUAUGAGUCAGAGGCUGAGCAGUGGGCAUCGUACCUGCGCUUCCACCUGGUGGGCCCCAUUUCUGAGGCUGGCAUCUGUUGUUAUGAUAUUGCUUUGGUGACCAGUCGCCGGGAUGACUUCCUGCGCCUUGGAGGAUACAAAUGUAAGCUGCUUAUCCUGUCGCGUGGCAUGCUGGAGGGGCUAUGCCAGCUCCGGCGCUUCUUUCUGGCUCGUGUAUUGCGACCGGAGACCAGUGUGGUUAUUCUCUUGUGUGGAGUAGAAAGCUUGGAUCCUCUGCUAGAGCUGGUUCCACUGAAGGGGGAGCAGUGUCUGCAAAUCUCCAGUGAGCAGGAGCCCCAGGACUAUCGACUGACUGUGGCAGAGAUUGUACAUAAAGGUAAGAAAGUGAAACCGGCCUUGGCAGCCUUGGGGCCAAAGAACCAGAGUACUUGUGUGUCUGGAAUUCUUGAGCUGGCCCACCUACUAGGCUAUGACAACAGCUUCAACAGAGUUGGCUAG